GUGAGAUUCGAGGGCGACCAAACUGAGGAGAUUAAAUGGGAAGAACUACAGAAAUUUUCGCAAAAGAAAAAAGAGCCAAGUGCUGACCAGCAAGAUAAACCAGGAGAACAGUCUACAAACUCUGAAGCAGCUACAGAUAGUGAGGAUGAUGUCAAGGCGAAGAAUAGUGAUUAUGAACGGGAAGCAAGGAUCCAGCAAGUGUCUAACGAGAACGCCAUCGUGAUCACGCAAGUUCAAGAAGUGCAAAGGAUGGAGAAGAUGGACAUGCUUGCGGACGUCGUGGUUCAGAGCAAACUCGAGGUGGUGGCGACGAAGAAAAGGCCACGUAAAUCCGUUGCUCCCGUGAAGCUGCAACAAGAGGUUGACGCAAUCAGUAGUGGCGAGGAAGCGGAUGAAGAGGACGAAGAGGAUGACGAGGAAAGCCAUGACGAAGAUAGCGAGAGCCUAGACAGUUUAAGCGAGGACGGAUCAGAAGACGAGCCAGAGAUCGACAGUGAAGACGAGGACGACGACGAAGAGGAUGAAGAGCGGGAUAGGAAAGACGGAGUCGACGACGACAGUGAUUGCAGCUUGAACGAGAGCGAUCUGGAGAGGCUGAGGAAGAAGCCCAAGAAGAAACGAAAGCACGUCUUGACGCUGCAGAGGUGGAGGGGCUACAAGAAGAAGCGCAGGCUCGCGAAACAGGAGGGAUCCGAUGGCACCCUGGCGAUCAAGCGGCAGAAGAGACCCAAGAAGCCGACUCCAGUGGACGAGUUGACGAGGCGGCGUCAGGUCAUCGCAGCGGAGCUCAAGAGGAAACUCAAGGAGAGCUGUGCGAAUCUCAAGCGGAAGAAGAAGAAGAAGAAGACCGUGGCUGUGGAGUCUAUUGUGGAGCCAAGCCUGGUGGAGCUGAGUCCGGCAAAGCUAGCUCUUCCGGAACCACCCGAGGUGCUGGAGUCGCCGGAGCCGUCUCCAAAAUCUCUCGAGGUUGCUACUCCUUCCACAGCGAUUACUUCUACGAACUUAAACGCGAGCGAGAGCAAGCCAUCGCCGUUCGACCGGGGAAUCAAGCUCCGGGGACGCAAGCUGAGGAAGAGAUUCAAUGGAAGGGUCUUUCGCGGCGAAGUUGCGGACUACGACAGAAGGAACCGACGCUACAAGGUUUGGUCUCGAAAGAAGUAUUUCUGCAUGGAUUUCUUAUCUGUGAGCUUGUCAUCAGGUCCGAUACGAAGAUGGCGACGAGGAGCAGCUAAUGUGGAAGGACGUGGGGCCGCUGCUGGUGCCAUUCGAGGAGCUGCAUACGUGGGACGAUCCAAACUAUCAGCCACAGCAAACGCGAGUUAUAAGCUCGGAGCUCCUCGCAGUGGAGAAGAAGGCCAGGGAGGAGAAGCUAAAGCUUCCAAAACUCAAGCCUCAAGUCGUCAAGAAAGAGCGGAAGGAACGUUGAAACAGGUGAUCCAAAGGUCGUCCAAAGGUCGUCAACGUACAUCAGCUGCAAAAUUUUAA